AUGUCGGCGUUCCUGCUUCGUUUGCACUACUUCUUCAAAAUUUUCGGUCUGUCGACCAUGAGCGUGGAAAAGCUGAGCAAGUUCAAUCGCUAUCGCUUCGCGACCUCGAGAAAGGAUCUCGCCUACAACGUCGCGCUGAUUCUGGGCUUUCUGCUGAUCGGCUCCUACUACACUCGCGUCACAUGGCUGAUGGAUUACGAGGGCAGAUCGCUGUUCGAGAAGACCUGGGAGGUCUUCGACAUCGUUUUCGCCUUCUCCGUGAGCAUCACCCUGUACGUUCUGUACUGCGCCAGGCAGAGGAGAAUCGUUCGCUUGGCCGACAGGUUCUACGCCCUGGCUCGGUCUCUGGCGGGAAAUUCGGACGAGCUCUCGAAGGCGAUUACGAGGCGUACCAGGAGGACCUUCGUGACGUAUCUGAUACUCUAUGCCAUUUUCACGAUAUCCGCGCAACCAGCGGCUUAUAUCAAUGGCUAUCUCGACCACGCGGUCAUGGCCGGGCUGGCUCUGAACUUCAUACUGCUGACCGUACUUUUGCAAUACUGCCUCGUGUUGAUCUGUCUAGUAGAGAUGUUCGCGAUGGCUAAUUGCCAUUUGGAAGGCAUAUUUAGGAGAUCUUCGCACAAGAGUUACAUCGAGCCGAGGUUCAAAUCGUCGAGUAACUUCCUCAACUUCGAACUGUACAAGAACCAGGACUCGCAAUUCUCCUACCAUCGCUCCCAGUACUUUUCUCUCUGCGACCUGUCGCAGGAUCUCUCGGACUUUUUCGGCCUGCCCAUGUUGGCGGUCGUGUCGUUCAUAUUUUUCUUAAUAAUCUUUGCGAUAUAUUAUCCAGCCAGAACAGUGAUAAAUCAAGUGGUAAUUAUGGGUUACACCACGUUUUUUUUCUACUGCCAGACUUGGUUUGGGUUCUUAGCUACCGGAUACUUGCUAGUGGUUUUGACGAAUUCAACGGCUAGAAUCGGAAAAGAGAAAGAACGUACAGCAGAAAUCAUCAUCAAGUGGUUGGCCAUUGUCGACAACGCGGCCACGGAGAAACAGGUUUGCGUCGCUCGGGAUAAGUCAGUCAUGCCCUGCAUCGUGUCUAAUCGGGUUUUCACUUUGCAGCUCGAUCAGUUCUACAAGUACCUGCAGAGCAAAAACGUCCAAUUCAGCGUUUUCGGACUGUUCAAGCUCGACCAGUCUCUCCUGCUCUCGAUCGUAAGCUCGACAACCACCUAUUUGGUCAUCGUACUGCAGUUCCGAGAAACGAAAUGA